AUGGGGUAUCAGAGGAGCAUGUGGCGCAGAGGAGGAGGAGGAGGGGGAGGAGGACGUGAGGCUGUGGUGAGGUGUUCAUGUUCAGAGGAGGAGGUGAAGAUCUCCUUCAGGAGUGUCGUGGAGGAGCGGCGUCUCCGUCGGGUCUUUGUCUGGUUGGGUGGACUCUCAGCGUCUCUGCUGUUCAGAUAUUUAGCUAAACCCUCUGAGGAGUGGUUAGCCGACUCCCCCCGCCUGUCCGCCGCCUCCCUCAGCAGUAAUGACCGCGCUCCGUCGCCCUCCGACCGCCGCCCGGCGAGCCUGAUCUCCACGCUGUCCUCGGGCUCCGGAUCGUCCCGAGACGACAACCUCGUCCCACCGCCUUCCUCCCGGACCUCCGACGUGGACCUGGACUUGAGCCCUGCAGGGGGCGCUGCAGAGGCCGAGAGGGGGGCGGAGCCAGGCCCGGAGCCUGACAUUAAGGGGCGGAGCCUCGGCCUCAUACACAACAACAACAACAACAAAGAGUCCACGCCGACCCGCGGCUCCAGCCGCCGCCAGCAGGCCUCGCCCUUCAUCAGCCGGAUCAUGGCGCCGAACCCUCAGCUGACCUACCUGGACCGCGUCGUCAUGGAGAUCAUCGAGACGGAGAGGACGUAUGUCAGAGACCUGCGCAUGAUCGUAGAGGACUACCUGUCUCACAUCAUUGAUCAGAGCGAUCUAUCGAUCCGUCCUGAGCAGGUCUGUUCUCUGUUUGGAAACAUCGAGGACAUCUACGAGUUCAACAGCGAGCUGCUUCAGUCUCUGGAUCUCUGUGACAACGACCCCGUGGCCGUCGCCAGGUGCUUCGUCAUGAAGAGUGAGUACUUUGAGAUCUACACACAGUACUGCACCAACUACCCAAAUUCGGUUGCCGCUCUGACGGAGUGCAUGAGGAAUAAAUCUCUGGCUAAGUUCUUUCGUGAUCGUCAGGCGUCGUUGAAGCGUUCGCUGCCUCUCGGUUCAUACCUACUCAAACCGGUUCAGAGGAUCCUUAAAUACCACCUGCUGCUCCAGGAGAUAGUGAAGCACUUUGACCCUGAGGAGGCGGGUUACGAGGUGGUGGAGGAGGCCAUCUACACCAUGACGGGCGUGGCCUGGUACAUCAACGACAUGAAGAGGAAACACGAGCACGCCGUCAGACUGCAGGAGGUUCAGUCUCUGCUGCUGAACUGGAAAGGUCCGGACCUCACCACUUACGGAGAACUGGUUCUGGAGGGAACCUUCAAAGUCCACCGAGCCAAAAACGAGAGAACGCUGUUCCUGUUCGACCGCAUGCUGCUCAUCACCAAACGCCGCGGAGAACACUACGUCUACAAGACGCACAUCUCUUGUUCCACUCUGAUGCUGAUUGAAAGCGCCAAAGACUCUCUGAGCUUCAGUGUGACUCAUUACAAACAUCCCAAACAGCCUCACACCGUUCAGGCGAAGACGGUGGAAGAGAAGAAGCUUUGGGCUCAUCACAUCAAACGCAUCAUUCUGGAGAACCACCAGGCCAUCAUCCCCCAGAAGGCUAAAGAGGCCAUCUUGGAAAUGGAUUCCAUAUAUCCUCCCAGGUAUCGGUACAGUCCUGAGCGGCUGAAGAAAGCUCUGUCCUGUCAGUCUGACGAGUUUCCCUCAGACGGUCGUCAGGGACGACGACAGUCCGAGCCGAUCAAAGAAAUACUGAAGAGCAGCAAAGUCAUCUUAAAGAGGGGGAGGGGCUCUCUCUCGUUGGGUGAGUGUUUGGAGGAGGAGGAGGAGGAGGAGGAGGAGCUCAGCAGUAGGAAGGACUCACUGGAGCGACUGAUCUCUGGUGAUGAAGAGGAGGAGGAGGAGGACUUCCUGUUUGAGGAGGACUUCACCAGCUCGGUGCUGGCGGCCGUCUCCUGUUGGACCCGGGCUCUGCUCUCAUCGGGCGUUACCAUGGAGGCAGAAGGAGGCGGAGUCUCCUCUGAAGGCCGCAACGAGGAAAAUGGCCGACCUCCUGGAGAAGACGGGCCAGGUGGAACUGACCCGACAUGUGAGCCGCCCUCCUCAGAUGAGCCGCCACAAGAGAAGACCUCAGAGUCUGAACCGACAGAAAACUCUGAACCACAACCCUCCUCUGAUCCUAGCAGUUUGGCAGAUACUCGUCCAGCGUCUCCUCAAAGGUCAGAGGAGCAGGGACCUGAAGGAGAUCCUGAACCCACAGAGGAACCGUCCUGUGCCACACCUGAUUCAGACUCAAAGACCGUGAGUAGCGGGGAAUCCUCAGAGGACGAGGAGGAUGUGAAGGAGGUGCCGGUGAAAGAGGGUGAAGCCGCCAGCAUCCUUCCUUCUUCUGUCCUGGACAAAGCCGGCGCCAUCGCUCGGCACUUCUCCAACAGCAUCAACCGAGGCAGCCUCUCCCAGGAUGACGCCCGCUCCCUCGGCUGUGCGUCACCGCGGAUACCCAGCAGGACCGGCAGCUGCCUCAGCCUCAGCGCCGAACCCGCCGACAGAACGAUGAGGCUCAACAGUCUAUGUUCUGAUCCUGCAGAGACCUUCGGCGUGACAGAUUUGACCCUGCUGUCUCCUCGGGACGACAGCCUCUUUGACGGCAUUCGGCGGAGGCGGGACUCCACCUUGUCCAAGCAGGACCAGCUGCUCAUCGGCAAAAUCAAGAGCUACUACGAGAACGCCGAGAACCAGGACGCCACCUUCGGCCUCCAGCGCAGAGAGAGUCUGACGUACAUCCCCACCGGGCUGGUCAGGAGCUCCGUCAGCCGGCUCAACAGCAUCCCAAAGGAUGAAACCGUCCCGACCAAUCCCUCCACCUCCACCACGACCUCCAGUCUGGAGUCAAGCUCAGCUUUAAUCACAGAUACCCGGGGUCACAUGAUCUCCAGUGACUCUUUGGACUCUUUCCUGUCUGAUCAGAGAAGCACGGAUCCAGAAGAUUCAGAAGCCAGCCACUGGUCCAGAUCUCAAAGCUUGCAGGACAAUCCAUCUGAGGAUGAAGAGUUCAGACCUUCCUCUGAAAUGAUCAAGAUCUGGCAUACGAUGGAGCGAGAGAUCAACCGAUCUCAAGGUGCUGACGGAGGUCUCCGACGACCCCAAGAAGCUCCACAGACCUCCAGAGGGACCAACGUCAGCCUUUCUGACGCGACAAAGACCUCAAACAAGAGCUGUGACGCAGAGAGUGAAGCGUCUGACCUCAGCACCAUCACAGAGGAAUCCGCGAGUCCUUCGCCCCUCAAGCUCAAAUCCACCGCUGUGAGUCGGACAGGAAGUCUGAAGGACGCCCUGAAGGUGUUCGGGGAAGAAUCUGUGGUCCUCAAGGCUCCGGUUCCUCGGGUCACCCAGUUGAGGGCAGAGGGGGAAACAGCCGACCAGGACAUAAACCAGCUGGACGACGUAGACCAGACAAAGAGCAAAGUCCUCAAUCUGGCCCGCCAGUACAGCCAGCGGAUCAAAACCACCAAACCAGUGGUCCGACCGCGGAGUCAGGGCGCCCUGAAGGGCAGGAGGAAUUUACCCUGUGUGGUGGAGGAGAAGGAGGGCUCAGGUAAACCCCUCCUGACUCUGCUGGUUCCUCAUAACAAGUCAACCUCUCUACCGCUGAGCCCCGUGGACCAGACCCCCGGUCUCUCCUGCAGCUCGGCAGUCUUGGACCCGGGUCGAGCUCGCUCCCGGAGUCCUCUGAACCCCCUCACGCCCCCCCCUCCCAUCGAGGGCUUCCACUGGCCCGACGUCCGACAGCUCCGCUCCAGAUACUCGGACCAGAAGAGUCCCGUCAGCCGGAGUCGCUCCAUCCCGGACCAGAUGUUUGACGGCGGUCUGAGGAGGCGCUCCAGCUGCUCCUCCAGCUGCUCCUCCAGCUGCUCCUCCAGCCUCCUCCUCGCCGAUGGGGCUUCUGCCGAGGUUCCUUCGUAUAAGCCUCGCGGCAGUCGGAACGCCGGCGGAGAGGAACGCAGGAAACGUCUCCACAGAGCCAACUCUCUGGACCCGCGGCUCAGCGGAGCUCAGACCACGGAGCUGCAGAAGCUCCAGGACCAGGUCGCCGACCGCGACUACCACGGUUACUACGUCGCGGCCGAGGCGUCGCUACCGGACGAUGAGGAACACAAGAUCAUCGUGAUGGAGAAGCUUCCAGAGACGCAGACUGCAGAACCAGAAGAAGACGGUGAUGACAACCUGAUCCAGAUCCGUUCACCCACCAGCAGGGAGAAGAUCUCCAUCAUGGCCGUCAUCGACCGCUGCCGGGUCUACCAGGAGUCCGACGAGUACAAACAGAGGGAGGACGUGAAGGCCAGGGCCGAGCCGCCGGCGUCCUCCAACCAUCAGGAAGACGGACCGCAGACCGCCGGGUCAAACCCCGGACCCAAGACGGAACCCGGUCAGCAGAGUAUCGUGAAGAACCUGAGAGAAAAGUUCCAGAGCCGGAGCUGAAAACAAAGAUGUCGUAUCAGAACUCUGAGAGAACGAAUGUAAAGAAAUGUAAAUAAUCAGUGACUGUUGGAAACAUUAUUCUACAGCGGACAGAUUAUUAAUAAGAUUAUGAUUAAUUCUGUUAUUAUGAACUGUCGAACAUAUAAAGAACAUUUACGUAUCAUUAUAAAAACAACAGAAUGUCUCUAUUCUACAGCGUCCUCUCUGGAUAAAUAUAUAAAAUAUGUGAAUAUCUUUAAGUAAAAUGAUCUUCAAUCAGAAUAUUAGUUCAAAGCACCUUUUUGUACACGAUUUUGAGUUUCCGACACUAAAUGACAGCAGGCUUCUCUUUGCAGCUUUUAACGCUUCAUUUAUUAUAUUAUAUUAUAUUAUAUUAUACUAUUUCAUAUCGUGUUAUAUUGUAUUAUAUUAGAGUUACAGUAGAGGCUGUCUGAAUCAAAGCUGUGGAUUCCUGCUGUAAGUGAACUAACCACUAAACUUAGUCACUUUGUCUCAGAUUCUUUAUUUCUCGUUUUAGAGGCGACAUUUUGUAAAACAGGAGACGAAAAGUUACAGACUGAGACGAUUAUGUUGAAUCUGCUCGUAUAAUAAUAAUAAUAAUAAUCAUCAUUAUUAUUCAUCAGGCUGAAACGAGAGACUGACUUCUGAUUUGAUAAUUCAGACAUGAAACACAAACAUACCUAGAAUGUGUUAUGAUAAAUAACCCAUAAUGCAUGAUAAGUAUGUUCAUAAUGCAUUAGAUUAUGAUUAUUGUUCCGAAGCAUUAUGAAUAUUGAAGAGUUAUAAUCAGAUCAUAACCUUGUUUAUAAACAUAAUGAACAUGAGCGUCACAGAGUCAGUCGUGGUUUCAAACUUCGCCAGCAGACACUAGCUAGCUCGUUAGCUAACAGCUAACUGUUUCUGAUCAUUUCUUCUUAUAAAAUGUCUCUAAAUAUUCCGAUAAACACUGACGCUAAUAAAACAAAUAAAUUAUGAUAGAAAUCAUCUUUAUAUUCCUUCAAUAUGAAAAUAAGGAAAUCAAUGAAACAAUUUCACCCUCAGUGUACAAAUUAUGAAUUUUAUUUUAUAUUAAUGAGUUCAUUUCUAUAUUUUUGUGCCUUUUAGUUUUUAUAUUUUAAGUAAAGUUUAUUUGAUUUAAUUUACUCUCCAUGUAUUUAUUUCCUCAUUUGUUCUUCAUAAACAGAAAUCAUUUCUAGAGCAGCUCUUAAUAAAUCAACAUGUAUCUGGGAAUUGAACCUGUGACUCUUCUAACCGCUGUUCCACCCUGAACACCACGCUCCUCCUAUUUAUUAUCUCAACACAUCUAGCAUGUGUGUUUUACAUUCAUAUUUAUGUGUCAUUGUGUUCUUAUCAUUAAACAAGGAGGAUCA